AUGAGCAUCGAUAUAUUAUCCUUAAAAACUAAAGAAAAUAUUAGGUACAAAAAUUUCUUAGCCGUAGUCGACAAGAAAAUUAAAACGGCUACUGUUGAUGAAGAAACGGUCAUUAAAUUACUUAAAAAAUUACUCGGGGAGAAAAAUUUUGUUGGCAAUACUUAUAAAGGAGGAAUUAACCAACAAGAAAUUCGCAAUCUUUUAGAGAGUAUUUUUGAAGAAACUAAUAAGGAAAACAUUAAUACUAUUGAACAAAAAUUAGGCGGCUCUCAAAACUUCCAAGAUGGAGUUUACAAAGGUAAAGAAAUAAUCAACACCACAGUUGUUGAAGGACUGGAUGCCAAAGGAGAAGCAAUAAUUUUAAAAAAAAUCCAUGAUAUUUUCGGACCCGGAGAAUUUUAUCCCAUCAAAGGAGGCGAAGGGGUUCCGCCCGGUCGCGAAGGCUGUCGCAAAAAUGCCGAAGAAAUUGCGAUGAUGCAGGCUCAGGAACAAAAAAAAAUCCGUGCUAUUGAAGAGUGGGAUGAUUUUUUUGAUAAUAAACACUUCAUUUCGGAUGCUACCCAAAAGAAAAUCUGGAUGGAUAAAUUUCCCGGUAAUCCCAAAGCGGCCGAGAAUGUUUAUAAAGAAGCGAUUUUAAAGGGAGAAAGCAUUGUCGGCGAAGAUUUUACGAGAACCGAGGAAGACCAAAUAAAUAAGGCUAAAACCCCCGAGCAAAUUACCGAAGUUUUAAAAUCCAUUCCGGAAGAACGAAGGAAAAAGGCCCCUAAUGGUUUAAUCAAUAAUGAUAAAAUCAUUGCCAAUUACACCACCAAGGUCUUAGUAAUGGGUCAAGAACACCAACAAACCACGACCCAUUUAGAAACUUUAAAACAUUUGGCUGAAGAAGUUGACAAAGUUCAUGAAUUUAUCGUUAAAAGAAUAGAAACUGAAACUAAUUUAGAUAAAUUUCCUUCUGAGGAAGAAAUAAAGACUACUUAUCUAGAAAAAAAAGUCCCGGAUACUCGCAGGGGCUAUGAAAUCCCCAAAGACAAAACUAACGCGGAAGAAAAGUUGGAUAUUUCUCAGCGGGGAACCCACCUCUUAAAAUUCUUUUACGAUAAAUGUAAAGACGGCAAAGUGGAAGAAGAAAUUGAAGUUAUUGGCGGAGACAAAGGAAAUUCAGGUCAUUUAGCCAUCGGAACUGGUAUCGGAGCCAAAGGGGAAACUGAAAUGGUUUAUGUUCGCCGAGGCACCAUGGAAAGAGCGACCGAGGAAGAUAUAAAAGAAGGUCGGCACGACCCCGAAAUGAAAUCGCUUUAUAAAUCGCACGGCUCUUAUCCAAAGGAAUGGAAGAAGGCAAAAAAGGUUUAUCAAUUAUGUAUUGAGGACACUUUUAAAGACAAAUUAAUUCCAAAGGACGACACCAUCAUCAUCUUUGACGAAGCCGAUUAUAACGAUGCUGGUUAUCAAUCCUUACAAUUCGAAAUGAUUAAGGCUGGUUAUAAAGUUUUAAGAAUGUCGGCUACUUUUCCAGGAGCAGAAUUCUCUGCUACUUCCUCCUAUCCUAUGAAAAGAAUUUGGGCUGGUGGACCAAUUGACCCUAACAUGCCGAUGGGACUAAUGAAAUUUACUAAUGCUGACCAAGUAGAAAAAUUAGAGCAAAUGAGAGGGGUUCCGACUGGCAGUAUUAAAUGGCAAGAUGAAAAUGGUUUACCAGUUCCAGUAGAAGUUAAUGCAGAAGAAGCAAUCCAAAAUGGAAUAACUUGGGUUUUUGUUAAAAGUUUAAAAAUUAACGAUGCCCAAAGGAGAGCUUUGGGAACUAAUACUUCUUACUUGAUUUACACCCCUGAAUUUGAUGAAAAUUGUGAAGAUGUUUCUUAUGGCCAGCCCCGUGUUUCUUCGGGAGCUACUGAAACCACUAAUUUAGGUAAAUAUUUUACUUAUUCAGAACCCACUCUCGGAUUUACUCCCAUUGGUCCCCUAAUUCAACAAACUGGGCGAGUGGCUCGGAAAGAGUGGGGGAAUUCCAUUACUCUAACCAAAGAAUGUGGAGAAAUGGAUUUAACUGAUAAUGUUUCAGCCGCCAUGGUUAAAGCUGCUUUUGAUGGCAAUAUUAAGCAAAUUAACGAUAAAGAAUAUAAGCAGAUUUACGACAUUGACAUUUUAAGAGGAGCCGUAGCCUAUCCCGAUCCUAAAACUUUCGGCAAAGCACCUGAAGAAAUUUUGAUGGGUCUCAAAAUUACCAAGGAUCAACAAUCUAAAAAAGAAAAAUUAACUCAACUGGAGCAAUCCAAGAAUACUUUAAAAGAAAUGAUUUCUAAUUUCAUCACCCAAGAUAGGAAAUAUCCCCAAGGAUUAGACUUAAAAAAUCAGGCUAAAUUCAUUAGUUCGGUUUUCGGUGCCAAAUUAGACCAAGGCAAAAAAGAGGAAGUGAUUAAAGAAACCCGAACAGUUUUAAAUGGUUUGGUGGAAGCAAAAAUCAAUGAAUUAGUUGCUAAAGAUUAUGAUGAAACUAACAAAAGAAGUAAAAAUCCGAAUACUAUUAAGAAGUUAGCAGGAUUAUAUAAUUUGACUAAUGCUGAAAUAGAUUACGGCAAAGAGAUAAAUGGAGAAGAAAAUAUUAAGGAAUUUUUACAAUCUGAUGCGGAUAUUACCAAAUCCGAGUCUUUAAAAAAACUAACCGAAGAAGCCAUAACAGAGGACACCAUGGAUGGAUAUCGUAAUUUAUUGAAAUCUUUCAGAAAAAGUUAUGAUGAAUUGGUGAAAUUGAAAGGAAAUGAGGAUAACGCUAACAAUUUCCUAGAAAGAAUGACCGCCAAAGAAGUGGAAUUAGAAUUAAGAACCAAAGAAUUAGAGAAAAAGAAUGGCCAAGAACAACAUCAAAUAGAUGAAUUAAAAGAAGAAGUGGAAGAGUUGAAGAAUAUUAUUAAAAAAUCCCGACAAUAUUUUACCGCCCAAGCCUAUAUUGAGGCCGAAUAUCCUAAAUUUAUCCAACAAAAUAUCCGCAAAUUGGAUAUUAGCAAUUUAGAUUUAAGAGGGGAAUUAAAUUUAAGCAAUUUUACUAAAUUAGAAGAGUUAAAUUGUGCUAAUAAUUUACUGACGCGAUUAGAUUUAAGCGGUUGUGAUAAUUUAAAGAAGUUGAAUGGGGACGGGAAUGAUAGUUUAAAAGUUGCUGGUUUUUUGCCCCAAGAUUUGGAAUUAUGUGUCUGGUUGCGGGAUGUGAAAAAGGUGGAAACAGCAGCAAUAUUAAGUGCCAAAGUAGAAGCACUGAGGCAAGAUCCUAAAACCAGGCUAAUUCGCAAAGAAGGGCAAAUUGCCAAAACUAAACUGCGGCAGGAAACCGAAAAUGCUCGACUGGCAUUAAAACAAGAAACCGAAAAUGCUCAACGGGCCUUAAGACAUCAAGCCGAAUUAAAAAUUUUAGAAAUAGACAGGCAAACCAUUCUCAAAGAAGUUGCUUAUGACACUGAAAGAUUUAAGUUGGAGAGUGGUUUAGGACAGAAAACUGAAUCUCCUGAACUAGAAAAACCAGAAAAUAAUUCCGAGAUCCUACCCAAAAUCAAAAUAACCGGAGAUUAUAUUGGAAAAAAGUUGGAUUUAGUGGGGGAUAAAGUCAAUCAGGCCACUUCUGCAAUGGGCGAAAAAUUAAAA